UGCAAGAUAAACCAAGCUGCCCAGCCAAGAUGGCGGACUUAGAGGCGGUUUUGGCUGAUGUUUCCUACCUAAUGGCGAUGGAAAAAUCGAAAUCCACGCCUGCGGCUCGUGCAAGCAAGAAAAUCAUCCUGCCUGAUCCAUCUGUUUACCAUGUAAUGCACAAGUAUUUGAGCGAGAGGGGAGAGGUGCAGUUCGACAAAAUAUUCGACCAAAGGAUAGGAUACCUGGUUUUUAAAGAAUUCUGCGAAACUCAGUGCGAUGAACCAGUCCCUCAACUAGCGUUUUAUGAAGAUAUUAGAGAGUAUGAAAAACUACAGUUCCAAGAGGACAGACUGAAGAUGGCUCGAGAAAUAUUUGACAAGUAUAUAAUGAUUGAGCUCCUCGCCUGUUCUCAUUCUUUCUCUAAAAGUGCUCUGGACCAAGUGCAGAGUUCAAUAACAAAAAAAGAGCUUCCAUCUACACUGUUUGAGCCAUACAUGUUGGAAAUCAGAAACAGCCUAAGAGGGUCAAUCUUCCAGAAGUUCUUGAAAAGUGAUAGAUAUGUCAGAUUUUGUCAGUGGAAAAAUGUGGAACUUAAUAUUAAUCUAACCAUGAAUGACUUUAGUGUACAUAGAAUUAUUGGUCGUGGUGGGUUUGGAGAGGUUUAUGGAUGCCGAAAAGCUGACACUGGAAAGAUGUAUGCCAUGAAAUGCCUUGACAAGAAGAGAAUCAAACUGAAACAGGGAGAAACACUGGCACUGAAUGAAAGAAUAAUGUUGUCCAUGGUGAAUAAUCCAUUCAUUGUGUGUAUGACCUAUGCCUUCCAAACUCCAGACAAACUUUGUUUUGUGUUGGACUUAAUGAAUGGUGGUGAUUUGCAUUAUCAUUUGUCCCAACAUGGUGUCUUCAGUGAAGAUGAUGUACGAUUCUAUGCUUCAGAAAUAAUUUUGGGAUUGGAGCACAUGCACGAUAGAAAAAUUUGUUAUAGAGAUUUAAAGCCCGCAAAUAUUCUGCUGGACGAACACGGACACGUGAGAAUAUCAGAUCUUGGACUUGCCUGUGAUUUCUCAAAGAAGAAGCCUCAUGCCAGUGUGGGAACACAUGGCUACAUGGCGCCUGAAGUUUUAAAGAAGGGUGAAGCAUACGACUCUUGUGCUGACUGGUUUUCUCUCGGCUGUAUGCUCUUCAAAUUGCUCGUAGGGCAUAGUCCAUUCAGACAACACAAAACAAAAGACAAGCACGAGAUCGAUAGAUUAACGUUAACUUACGACGUAGAAUAUCCAGAAUCGUUUUCUGAAGAAAUGAAGUCCCUACUCGCUGGUCUCCUUAACAGAGAUGUCCCCAGCAGACUUGGGUGCAGAGGCUCAGGGGCUAUAGAAGUGAGACAACACGAGUUUUUCAAAAGUAAUGAUUGGAAAUUAGUUGAACUCUUAAAGUAUCCACCGCCACUUGUGCCUCCAAGAGGUGAAGUGAAUGCCGCUGACGCGUUUGAUAUCGGCUCAUUCGAUGAAGAUGACGUCAAAGGAAUUAAGAUGACAGAUCAAGAUCAAGAGAUUUAUAAAGACUUUAACUUGACUGUGUCAGAAAGAUGGCAGCAAGAAAUAGCUGAAACUGUAUUCAAAGUUGUCAACGAAGAACAUGACAAGUUAGAAGCCAAAAAGAAAGCGAAACAUCAAAAUUCCAUGACGGUAGCAGAGGAUGGAGACCGUCUGUUGGAAGGCUACCUUUACAAGCUGGGAGGCACACUAAUGAGUAACUGGCCAAGAAAGUACUUCCAUCUCUUCCCCAAUCGACUGGAAUGGCGAGGCGAGCAAGCUGGGACCGAGACUGAAUUUCAAGAAUGGAUGAAGGAAAUCAAACAGUCAUUCCAGCAAGCGCAGGUCAUGAUGCGCGCAGGCGCCAAAAUUAUGAGCUCUGGUCAUCGCUACAUCACGCAAUACAGCAAAGAAGAAAACGGCCCUGUGUCGCCAUGAACUGCUCAUUCUCACGCAAAUCACUCGAACAUGUACAUACACACAAAUACAAAGAAGUCAACCUUGAUCAAGCCUUUAAUCCUACUGGUACAGUACGGUAAAACGUGACACAGUUGAUAGGGUUUGUAAUGAUCGGUGCAACAAUUAUCCAUCGUGUUACAUGGCCUGUCUACGACUCAAGAAACGAAGUAUGUAUGAUACGAAGAUUGUGCAGUACUGUAGCGAUCGGGAAGAGAAUUGUUUUGGAUCAUAAAGAGUCGAGUAUAGAAAAUUUUAUCAGUAGUUUUAGGUCUGUUACAAAGCUGCCCACGAAGUUGCAAAUUAUUCAUCAGUCAUUUUAUUCAUUUUACUUUCGUCUUUAUCGAUUCUGUCAAGUACCGAAAGUGUACGAGACCCCUUCGUGCAGCGACAACUAGAAAGAAAAUUAUGAUGUCCAUAGGUUUAUUAUGAAAUUUCUUCAACUUUUUCACUUGUACAAAUUCGUAAGUAAUAAUUAACGUAACACAUAACAGAUUUCUGCCAGCUUCAUCUCUGAAUGUAGAUGUGUUGUAGAUGGAUUUUCGCUGAAGGAGAGAGAUACAAGUAGAUCGACGUAAUAAUGCUAUAUGAAAAACAAAAGUUUGAAACAUUUACAUCGAACUGACACAGCGGCAAAUUUUUAGCCUUAUCGACGUGAUCGGACAGAAAAGGGUAAUGUUUCUUGUCGAUGCUGUAUGUAUUUAUUUGCAAGACAAUCAAAUUGUAGCGCUGUUUAAAGAUGGCCGUGAAAUUUUGUCUUCGCCCUUGUAUAUGAUUUGUAUUCUUGAGAAAGCUUUAUAUAAACUCUACGAACUGUGUGGAACGCUAGUACUUCUUUAGAGAUGAACUAAUAUCAAGGUUUCUUUUCAGUUAUUAGCUAGCCGGCAAAAUGAUGAACUUUUAUUAACACUCGUACAAGGUACCUCCGUGAUCAGUUGGAAAUAAGAUGUAACCAUUGAAACUUAGUUUAACAGGGGAGUGAAGAGUUUGAUUAUGUUCUUAAGCUUUGAUCCAAAGCCAAAUUCUCCUGGCUCUCUUUAGACAAAUACAAAAAAAAAGUGAGGAGAAUUUCGUUUUUCUCUAAGGAAUAACUAUUUCAGAUAUGUAACAAGCUAAAUGGUAUCAUCUGAAAUAAAUGCUAUGCAUUUGUCCCAGUUUGAGAAAAUAAAUAGCAAAUAGGGUAGCAUUUAAAUGCGUUUUUGAAGGUUUUCGAAGGAGUAAACAACCUAACUCCAAAUAUCAAUUGAAUGAUCGGCGAGGACCAUUGACGAACGAAAGAGCAAAUCCGAAAAGCUUAAAGAAAAGAGAACGUCACAAAUUAUUACAUUCUGUAAACUUAAAAAUCAAUCUUCUCCGAAAGUCAAUUUUAGAGGGUAAAGAGAACAGUAUAUGUUGAUCUAGAGGCUUUUUAUAUUUCUUUUUGCCGGACAUCGUUAAGUAAAUUUCCUGUCUCCAUAAAAUAGAAGGGACUUUGCAACCUUAACUCAAUUCUUAUAAACGGGCCAUAGUAAGUAAGAAAGUCUCAGGGCCCGUGACGAUUGUGGUUGCUGGUUGUGUGGUCUUGAAAUAGUUAAAAGGUAUCAUGUUCGUUGUAAAAGUAUUCCAGAGAAAGGAAACCUUACGGUUGCCUUCUUUGAGAAAGUACAGUAAAUAAAGGAGUUUUUAUUUGC